GAGAGAGAGAGAGAGAGAGAGUGGGAUAGAGGGGCGCUGUGUCAUAUCAUAGAAACCAUCAUCUUGACCAUACACUCAAGAAGUACAAUAUGUUAUAUUGCAAAGCCUUUGCAAAGAUGGGGGACGACAAGCCUUUUGUGUGCAGUGCUCCUGGCUGUGGGCAGAGGUUUACUAAUGAGGACCACCUGGCUGUUCAUAAACACAAACAUGAAAUGACGCUGAAGUUUGGACCCAUUAGAACUGACUCCGUCAUCAUUGCAGACCAGACGCCGACUCCCACUCGUUUCCUGAAAAACUGUGAAGAGGUGGGCCUGUUCAAUGAGCUGGCCAGCUCGUUCGAGCAGGAGUUCCCCAAGGCCCAGGAAGAUGAGGACAAGAGGGCUAAGAACCCGUUGCCUGCUCCUAAUUCAGGAGCACUUGACAUGAGUUUGCAGACGCCUUCAGACAUUAAGGUGAAGGAGGAGGACCCUGUGGAGGUGGACUCUUCUCCGCCUUCCAGCCCUGACUCCAUCUCCAGCAUGUCAGACAGCAGCAAAGAGCCCGUCAGCAGAGGAAAGAAUUCUCCUCUUAAGCCUGCCGUGAGUUCGGCUCCCACCCCUACCAUAGGGCGUCCUGGCUCCCUCCCACUGCACCUGGGUUAUGACGGCCUGCAGCCCACUAUGCCCUCCCCUACCUCUGUCAUCACACACACCCCACCAUCCAACCGUACACUGGGAUCUCCCACAGUGCCGUACCCAAUGAUGAUGCUUCCCAAUGGUCAAACAGUUCCUGUGCUUCCAGGUCCUAUGCAGAUGCCCUCUGUAAUAUCUCUGGCGAGGCCCCUGUGUAUGGUGCCCAACAUUCCAGGAAUUCCCGGCCCUCCACUAGGGGGCAGCAGCAGCGGCUCGUCUUCACCCUCAGGCUAUUACCCCCACAAUGAGGCAAAGAUGAGGUUGAAGGCAGCAUUAUCUCAGCAGAUGCCCACAGCUCAGGGUUGCCUUGGUGUGGCGAUGGGGUCCAGUGCGAUGAUCCCUCAGAGAGUGGAGCAAAGCCAGCUGCUGGUCCAGCAUCCAGACGCCCCGUCCCCUGCUCAGCCACAGGUGUCACCAGCUCAGCCCACCGGAGGUCGCAGGCGGAGGACGACUGAUGACGACCCUGAUGAGAGGAGGCAGCGCUUCCUGGAGCGGAACCGGGCUGCAGCUUCUCGUUGCAGACAGAAGCGCAAGAUAUGGGUCAGCUCUCUGGAGAAGAAAGCCGAAGAACUCUCCUCCAUCAACGUCUCGCUGUCGAACGAGGUGUCUCAUCUGCGAAACGAAGUUGCUCAUCUGAAGCAGUUGCUGUUAGCUCACAAAGACUGUCCCGUCACCAACCUCCAGAAGAAAGCCGUCUACUUGGGAGAGGAGCACAUGAAAGAGACGUCUGAGCCCACAGGCUCCCCGGCACCGGUCAUUCAGCACAGCUCUCUGGCCCCCACCCACUCGUCUGCGGUAGGCGCCAACGGCCUGAACUCCCGCGCUGCAGCCGAGGCAGUGGCCAUGUCAGUGCUGGCAGGGAUGGGCAGCCAACGAGGGGAGAGUGGCGGCCCGUCACACGUCAUCAUGGCCACACAGUCCCACCCAUCCAACAGAUGAUGAGAGCAGGUAACAGUCUGCCUGGGACUCUCUGCAUCCCGGGAGAGGGGGGCAGAUCUGCCAGAGGAGAAUGCUGGUUCCCUCUCAUGCCAUCACGCUCUGGCCUGGAGCUCAGCUGCAUUCUGGGAAUGAAACUGGGAAUAUGUACACAUAUAGAGAGAGACAGAAGGAGAUUGUCGUUCACUAUGCCAUAGACUACGGGGGCUGGACUCCAAACCAUGCUCUCAUUUGCAUCCUCUGUAACUCCUGCUCCUUCCUUCAACUUCCUCCUGCUCCUCCACUGGCUGUAGGGCUGCAAAGCACUUCCUGUCAUUAAACGUAUCCCCACAGACACACGCUGCAAUAAAGACAUUGUUCGUUUGAACCGUGACUGAGCACCCGGUGUAUGUCACGAGUUGCGACGAUGCAAUACUUUAUAUAUUCUUAUAUAUAUGUAUCAGUAAGUGUGUGUUUGAGAGAAACAUGAUGCUUUAAUGUUCUGUAGGAUCUUCUACCUUGCUAUUUUACAGCAGGUUUUUAGUUUUCUGGUGGCCAUCCCCCUCAUCUGAUCCGCGCUCAUCUUACCUCAUUUUUAAUCUGUUAUAUACGUUUAUAAUCGACGUGUGCAUGUGUGCUUCUCGUGUGGGUGUACAAUGAUGUACAAUGGAAGAUAGCAGUUUGUAAAGGACUGAUACACUAAGACUGCCUUGUUAGCAUGCAAACUUUUUGCUAUAUAUAAACUGUAUUGUAUUGGCACAUUGUGUUCAGUUUGGGCUAUGGAACCUCAUAGUUUGGUUCUAUCAUUGUUUUCUUGUGUACGACAAACUCAGAAACAGCAAACGGCAUACUGUCCGAGGUCAUUAUGUACGAUGAGGACGCUUGUGUUGAGAAAUCAAUAUAUUUACUGUUUUAAAUGAUGCCAUUUCUUUUCCCUGUGAUCACAGUGUUUUAAAUGCAGCUUUAGAUAGAGUUAUGUUGAGCCUCCUAAAGUAGUCUGAGACUUUUUUUGCCCCGUCUUUUUCUUUUUUAUUAGUUUUUGUCUAUCUCUGCUGCUGUGUUCUUUAUGGAAUCCCAUUUCUGCUACAUAAGAGGGAAAAAACAUGCUUUGGUAAAUAAUUAUUAGAUAAAACGUCAAUAUUAUUAGAUACAAAGUCAUUAUGAGAUCAAACAUAAAAAAUAUGACAUACCAAGUAUGACAUGCAUAAUUAUGAGAUUAAAAAGUAGUCUAUAGAGCAUAAACGCCAUGAUGUAAAAAACAUAACAGAGAUGGUCAAAAUUAAAAUUAUGAAAAAGUACUUUAUGAAAAGGAGAUCUUUUUUUUUUUUACUUUUAUCCCAUAAUUAUGACUUAUGAAGUAUGUCAUAACAAUUCAUAAAAGUAAAAAUUGUCCCCCAAAAAUUGAUAAAAUUCAUAAUUGUCAGAAAUCAGAACAAAUGAAAAGUCAUAAUUAUUUUCUCAUAAUGAUGACUUAGUAUGUCAUGAUUUUGACUUUUUUUUAUUUAUUUACAAUUUCAUAAUUUCAUGAUAUGGUCUUUACAAUAAAGACUUCUCUCACUAUCUAACAAUUUUGACUAUAUACAUAUAUAUAUUUAUGAAUUAUUAUUAUUAUUUAUUUUUUGGCAGAAAUUGGCUUCCAUUUUGCUCAAUUUACAGAAAUACAGACCUAGUGCCUCCCGUUCAGUUAUUUUCACGAUUACCUGACUGUUAAAGUUGAUAUCACCAUGCUUUGUAACACUAUUUGUUUCUCUGGUUGCUUAUCAACUCAUUAACAUGCACAAUCCCUUAUAACUGUUAGAAGAGAUAGGGAUUCUGCCUUAUUAAUCACACGAGUGCCUCUUUAUUGGUUAACCUCACUCCGUGUCGCUGAGACAACUGGUCACCUAGCAUAUUCAGGCAUCUGUACCAUCAGACCUGGGGUAAUGAAUUAACAGUAAUACCUUUAAUAACUACCAGAGAGCACUGCCCUUAAUUCUAAGCAUAUUCUAUACUGCCAUCUGGAUGUAAUAGGGUGCUAUUACAUGUAACUAGAAAGGCUGCAGGGAGCAAAGAGUGUCCAAUUCUACUGUUGUUUGAAUGCUUUUAUCUCUACUAAGAUGUUUAUCCAAACACAUGCUCUUUUUACGCAAUAUCAGACACUUUAAAAAAGAUAUAUAAGGGACUUCAAUGUACUGUUGUUGCUCAAUUUUUGUAACUUGAACUUUUUCAAUAUUAACACAAUGACAGUUAACACAACGUCAGUCCAAAAUGUAUAUAGGCCUGUCAGAAUGCACUAAAAAAACAUUUUGGGUUCAUUUUUCCAGUUUGGUGUCUUUUAAAUAGCAUGUCAAGGUUACCACUUAACCGAUAUCUCCCAAAUGACUCCUGGUUUAAGUGUUGACCCUGGCUUUUGUGUUCUGUUAUCUGCUGGCACUGUAGUCGUUCAGCCAAACCCAUGUAGAGGAUUGUUGAUCUGAAAUGAGCAGAAUGGAGAAUUUUUAGCUUCACUGGCACUUUUUUUCAUUGUACGCUGCCAGGCCUAUAGAAGUAACCUAUUACAAUAAAUCUUUUUGUGUGUGUGUGUGUGUUGUAAGACAGAAAAGUAGAAAUUCUUUUGUAAUUUUCUUUCUCUUUCUAUUUCGUGUUCUUCUAACACUUUGUACUCAAAUAUUUGUAAGUAUUUUUAUUUGUAUAGAUUAAUAAGAAUGCCUGUUUGAUUCCCCCUUUUACUGAUAAUCACUUUAAAGUUGUACCAAAUUUCUGAUGGACUUAAUGAUCCAUAAUUCCAACAUGAUGCACAAUUAAUUUAUUACGGAAUUAGUUCAUGCAAGGUGAAUUCAAUGCAGUUUCCCUUAGAUAGACUUAACAAAACAAAAGUCAUUUUGAAUAGGAUGAUUUUAGGCCAAAGAUAAAAGAGGAUAUUGUGGAAAUAAAAGUUGUUUUAAGUGUAUGUGUUUUAUGGGAAAUAACCUCACUCCAAGUUGGACUGAUAGUUUUUGGAAUUGUCCUGGUUAUGACAUGUGUACCAUAUAUAUUUACUAUUUUUCAUGCAUGCUGAAGUGAAAUAUUCUGAACACAGUGCUGCAGAUUUGAUUAAACAAAAAACAAAACAAAACAAA